AAACGAGACUGUGUAUGGGUGGUCUGGCGGAAUUUAUGAAGGACCAAAUGAAAGAUAAUGAAGGUUAUUUUUCAAAUCAAAUUCGUGUGAUAUAUAUGAUUCAGUAUGAUCUGAAAAAAUAAUGUGGAAAAGUUGCAGUAUGGUUGGAAAAAGUGAAAGUUUUGACUUGAUUCGGAAUGCAGACCACCCACCUCGACUAGAAAGGAAGGGCUAUUCAUAUGGGAAGGUGAAUUUUUCACACAAUGGAGAUUUUCUCGUCUGGAAAACGUAUCGAUGAGUCUUGCAAUAUUUUACCUUAUAACACCAUUUUUAGCGAUAUACAGAUUUGAAUAUCAUUUUGAUGACAAGGGUGAAGUAUUGUAACUAAGUAAGUAGAAAUGGUGUCCAGUCAUCUCCAUGCAACUACCACAGUGAGACUGAUCUAAAGACAUGUACCAAGUAUUUGCUGCGCUGUAUAUGAAGUUGAGAAAUGAACUCCAGCACAGUAUUCUUAGGCUCAAAUGGCACAGGUUAUCAAUUCAUAACAACGACUGUCAACUCUAUCACUACAAUCCAUCACCAAUCAGCUGAAAAUGUGAUUGAUGUAGUUGUUAAGGCUGUCUUGCUUGGACUUAUCUUCAUCACAGCUGUAUUCCUCAAUACCAUGGUAUCACUGACUCUACAUAAGAAAACACACCUUAUGACAACAGGAAAUCGCUAUGUUUUUAGUUUAACUGUACCUAACUGUAUAUUUAGUAUUCUAGUUCUACCAUUCAUAUUUGUCAGUGUUAUAAAUGGAGAAUGGAUCUUUGGUGUUGUAUGGUGUAAUUUUACUGGUUUUAUCACCAUUGCUGUUUUGUCUGGCAGUAUGAUUAUGUUAGCUGUCAUUGCACUAGACAGAUAUUAUGCAGUUGUACGUCCCAUGUUGUACCCACUUGCUGUUACAAAUAUUAGAUCUGUACCAAUUAUAGUAUGUACUUGGCUGAUUGCAAUUAUAUGUAGCUUACCUCCAUCGUUUGGUUGGUCUAAUUAUAAAUUUCAUCCAGCUAAAUCAAGUUGUCUACCUCUAUGGAAUCAGCAUAUAUCAUAUACAGUUUUUCUCUUUGUUGUUUGUUAUUUGACUCCGUUUAUUAUUAUGGCUGUUUGUUAUACUCACAUUCUGAAUGUUGCAAGGACUAAAGCUCGCAGAGUUAAUAUUGGAAAUAUGAUAUUAACAAACAGUCCCAGAAGGCAUAGCAGUGGAGAUCCUCUGGAAAACCGUAGAAUAAGUUUUGGAGCCGAGACUGAUUCACUCAGUGAAAAACAAACUAAAAAAUGUAAUCGUCGUGAUAGUGACAGCAGUGUAAUUGGUGCAGCUACCGGGGGUAACAGAGCACAUAGAAGGUCAAGAUCAUCUUUUUCUAUCAACCUCAAAGUCAGCUCUCCAACUAAGGCUUUGCGUACAAUAUUUCUAAUACAUGGUGUAAAUUUUUUGACCUUAGCUCCGAUGUUGAUAUGUGCCAGUUUUGAAUCCAUUUGUGGAAAUGAUAGAAUACCAGACUGGGUACUUUUAACAGUUACAUGGUUAGCAUUAUCCUCAACUGCAUGUUAUCCAUGUAUAUAUGGGCUUUGGAAUAAAACAUUGAGAAAGGAAGUGUACAACAUUUUAUGUAAUAAAUCUGCUACACUGGAUGAAGAGGAAAUGUUAUUUCUGCAAUCACGUCGUGCAUCCUGGAAGUCUCACAGUAUUGGUGAAAGUCUAACUGAGUUAACCAAAAUGCAAUUAGCAUUAAUUCAAUUCCGUGCAAAUCGUUCUAAUUCACUCACCUCAGGAGCAAUAAGCAAUGAUUCAGGAACAGUUUUGACCUGCAUUGAUGAGACUGAUGUAGAUGAGGGAACUAUCACAGAACAGGAUGAUAAUAAAGAAACUGUUGUUGAAAAGAUGUCAGUGACUGGUGAUGAUUCACAGAAUAAAACUGUUGUUGAUGUACAUACAAAUUCAAUAAAUGAUGCACAAAGUGAAAUGGAAAAAGAAGAGAAAAUUAAAGGAACUUUGAAAGAAAGUAGCGAUGAAGGUGUACAGUCAUUGGAUGAUGAAACAGACAGAGAACAAUGUGAACCUGUGCAACAAAAUGAUGAUCAAAGCACUACUUUGUGUGAUACAACAAAUCCUUCUGUGGAGACGGGCAGUACAUGAACAGCUGCAAUGGGACCUAGGUUUACACUACAUGUACAUUGUAUAUGGACAGUAAAAGUACCAAAAUUCAGUGCAAUGUCUGGAAUAAGUUUUUAGUAAAUAUCUUUAGUAAAGUUUUUAUACUAUUUAUUAUAAGAUGCAUGUAUAGCUAUGUCAGAAGAUUAAAUUAUUUUACAGUUCUAGAGGAAAGCAGGGUAC